CAAUCCUAUCAUGGCGAGCUCGAGCUCACCGGCGGCCACGACCACCGCCACCUCCAUCGCACCGGAGGACGACGGUCGCCGGCAGGUGCUCCUCCUGCCGUUCCCGGCGGCGCAGGGCCACACCAACCCGAUGCUCCAGUUCGGCCGCCGCCUCGCACGCCACGGCCUCCGCCCGACGUUGGUCACCACGCGGUACGUGCUCUCCACCACGCCGCCGCCGGGGGAGCCCUUCGGCGUGGCCGCGAUCUCCGACGGCUUCGAUGCCGGCGGCAUGGCGGCGUGCCCGGACGUGGCGGAGUACUGCCGCAGCCUGGAGGCGAACGGGUCUCGGACGCUCGCGGAGCUCCUCGACUCCGAGGCCCGCGCGGGGCGGCCGGUGCGCGUGCUCGUCUACGACCCGCACCUGGCGUUCGCGCGGGACGUGGCGCGCGCCGCCGGCGUGCCGACCGCCGCGUUCCUGUCGCAGCCGUGCGCCGUCGACCUCGUCUACGGCGAGGUCUGCGCGGGGCGCCUGGCGCUGCCGGUGACGCCGGCGGACGCGAGCGCUCUGCACGCGCGGGGAGCGCUCGGCGUGGAGCUGGGACCCGACGACAUGCCCCCGUUCGCCGCGCGGCCGGAUUGGCAGCCUGCCUUCAUCAAGACGCUGGUCAGGCAGUUCGACGGGCUGGAGGACGACGACGACGUGUUCGUCAACUCCUUCUCCUACCUCGAGCCAAAGGAGGCGGCAUACAUGGAGUCGACAUGGCGCGCGAAGACGAUCGGGCCGUCAUUGCCGUCGUUCUACCUCGACGACGGCCGGCUGCCGUCGAACAAGGAGUACGGAUUCAACCUGUUCAGGAGCACCGUGCCGUGCAUGGAGUGGCUGGACAAGCAGCCUCCUCGCUCCGUCGUCCUUGUCUCCUACGGUACGGUCUCUGACCUCGACGCAGCCAAGCUAGAAGAGCUCGGCAAUGGCCUGUGCAACUCCGGCAAGCCAUUUCUCUGGGUUGUCAGGUCCAACGAGGAGAACAAGCUGUCUGAUGAACUCCGUAGAGAGUGUGGAGGGAAAGGCCUAAUUGUACCGUUUUGCCCCCAGCUAGAGGUGCUAGCUCACAAGUCAACAGGUUGUUUCCUGACGCACUGUGGAUGGAACUCGACAUUGGAGGCGAUUGCCAAUGGUGUACCACUGGUGGCAAUGCCACAUUGGGCUGAUCAACCAACUAUUGCAAGGUAUAUGGAGAGCGUGUGGGGCAUGGGCGUUCGGGUGCGGAUGGACAAGAAUGGCGCCUUGAGAAGGGAAGAGGUGGAGAGGUGCAUCAGGGAGGUGAUGGAUGGGGAUCGGAAGGAGGACUACAGGCGAAAUGCUGCAAGGUUGAUGAACAAGGCUAAGGAGGCAAUGCAGGAAGGAGGGAGCUCUGACAAGAACAUUGCUGAAUUCGCCGCAAAGUAUUUGAACUGAAUAAAAUUCAUAGGAUGCAUUCUUAAUCAGAGAAUGGCUAUUUAAGAUGUCUAAUUUGGUUUUAUGUUAAACUGUUCUAGAUGUCUUGUAUAGUGGUUACAGCCUUUUCUGUCUGAAAGUAUAAUGAGGUCAAGAUGCUGAGUUUUUUCUUUAUUCAGCAUACGCAAAUUAAGCAUACUGUGUAAAAUGAAAUAUUUUUUUUAACUGAAGUGUCACUAGCUUAUGUUCUCGUCGAGUACAAAUAAAUACUUGGCUGAAGUUACAAGAAUUUUCGGCCAUCAAUUUAGAAAAGUAUUUGUACCUAAAUUCAUGGCAGAAUUGAGACGGACGUAUAGAGAUCACACUUCAGUGACAAAAACUGAAGUUAUUAUGUAAGUCUUCAACUGCAAAUGACAAAAACUGAUUU